AGCUGGUUCUCAAAAAGUUCCAAGAGACAAGUUGUUUACAAAAAUUUGUACAAAAAUCUAAAUGAAAAGGACCCAUUAAAAAUUCCAAAAACUUCGGAUACUAGAUGGUUAUCCAUUGAAACAUCAGUUUCAAGAAUAUUGUCGCAAUGGGAGGAGCUCAAAGUGCAUUUCGAAACAGCAUACAUGGAAGAAAAAUGUCUAAAGGCUAAAAUCUUAUGUGAAUUAUACAACGAAGACAAUAUUCGUCUAUAUUUGUUAUUUUUGAAUUUUACUUGAAGUCCAACUAGUUAACAAAAUUUUUCAAGGCCAUGAUAACGAUCCAACUCGCCUAUUAAAGGAAUUAUUAUUGCUGAUAAAUUUUUUGAAACGCAAAGUAGUUGGUGACGACAGUGUAGACGUUUUAUAUUCAGAUUUCGACGAAUUUAUUUUAUACACAUGCAGCCUUGGUCAUGAGUUUGAAACAUAUCUUAAGGAAAUUAAAAAAAACGGAAGCAUGAAAAAGAAGGCAGAACGUGAAAUUAGACGAAAUUGUGUUAAAUUUGUUGUUGAUCUCAUUAAUCAAUUGAAACAAAGGUUGCCCGAUAAUAUUAAAAUACUUCAAAAUAUUGAAUAUUUCUCUGUAGAUAACGUCUUAAAAUCUUCUAAAGAGGAUAUUUUACCAAUCCUAAAUUUAUUUCAUGUUGAUGACGAAAUAUCCUUAAAAAUUCAGGAGCAAUACUCAAAUAUCCAUUAUAUAAAAUGGAAAAACACAAAUAACACUAUUUCAUUUUGGACGGAAGUAUAUAAAUAUAGAGAUGCCGGCGGAAAUAAAAAGUUUAACGAAAUUUCGGAAUUUGUACUGAAACUACUUUCACUACCCUGGUCAAAUGCAGAAGUUGAAAGGGUUUUCAGCCAAAUAAAUCUUGUAAAAACUUACUUAAGAAAUAAAAUGCAUCUAUCAACCGUCACUUCGAUUUUGUCUAUCAGAUUUGGACUUAAAAGAAUCGAUAAAUGCUGUUUUGAAUACGACGUACCGAAUAAUUAUUUAAAACUAGUUGGUACCAGUGAGUCUUAUGACAAAAAUAAUAAUAUCCCAGAUUUUAUAGACGAUUUAUUUUUUUAA